UCUGUUUUGAAUUAACUGAGCCAAACACAAACAAAAAAAAGUUAAGUGAAAAGUAAUUGCAAAUUGUAGCGCAUAGAAAUGGCAUUGGCAAAUGUACUUUUGCUUAGCCAAAUAGCAGGACAUGUUUUGCUCUUUAUAUUAUCGUUGUGCAUUGUGCUGCCGUUGUGCAUAAACCUUAAUCAAUUUUGUGGACACUGUUUACUCUUCACAACGGGCAAAUGGCGAGAGGAGGACGGCAUGUUUGAUGUUCAUUGGGCAUCGAAUGGAUUUUGCUCUUUCCCACUCGUAACGGGCAUCUUUCUGUUGAUUAUCUCAGUGAUUCAAAUCUACCGCUAUGCACGCAUGAAGGACGAAGAAUCUUUUAUUGCUCUCUUUGUUGACGUUGUGCUUGGCAUAUGGAUGCUGGCUAUGUCCAUUUUAUCGGCCAUUUUCAUUACCCUCGGAUUCAUUGUGUGGUGCGACGGAAUGACCGAACGUUUUCCCUCUUGCGAAACUUCCGCUGGCCAGAAUAUUAUCCGGGGUGAUACGGAAAAGAUUAACACAUCCGGAUUCUACGUUGAAAUGGGCACAACUCAGUUUGGCGCCUGGGGAGCAUUUGCCAUCUCCGUGGGAAUUGGAGUGAUCGCUCUGCUGAAACUGAUACACAAUCAUCAGGUGCGCAACAUCAAGGUGUCCAUGUAUCUGGAACGACAACGUCUGGUUAAUCAACAGCACUUUGAUGGUCGCUCGACUCCUCCAAUCGCUUCGGGCUCCUCCUCUGACAUGGAUCCGAACAAAUAGUUGGUGUGUGCGAGUUCGAGUUCGAAUCCGAGUCCGAGUCAGCAAUUUGUUAUUCUUUAUGUAUUUCUCAUCAUGUGCAUAAUAAUACUAUUAUGUCAUUUAAUAUUUGUUCUCGUAAUUGCGGUUGAAAUGCGGCAGCCAGAAUUAAUUGUUUAGUGCAAUUUCAUUGUUGUACUAUUAUUAAAAAACAAUUAUAUAUUUAUAAGUUAUUUACGUGAUAUUAUGUGUUAUUAAUCGCUGUAUUCCAAUAAAUAAUCAUUUUACAAAAAGAGA